AUGACGGCACAAGUCCCUUCCCUCACCAGAUGGUUCAAGUAUUAUGCGGCUCUGAUACGCACCGAAGAACGAGCUGUACUGCCUACGUCUGGACAGUUACACAACUGGAUCGACAGGAAGCCACUCGGUGUCGUGGUACAGAUCACACCUUUCAACCACCCACUUCUGAUAGCUGUGAAGAAGCUUGCACCCGCCCUUGCUGCCGGCAACAGUGUCAUUGUCAAGCCUUCCGAGCUAACACCAUUGACCACCCUCAUGCUUGGUAGAAUCCUGCAAGAGGCUGGCAUACCCGAUGGUGUGUUCUCUGUGCUUCCUGGCUAUGGCACCACCACUGGCAAAGCUCUAGUAUCACAUCCGUUGGUCAGAAAGGUGGACGUGACGGGCGGCACACCCGCAGGAAGGGCAAUAGGUGCUAUUGCUGGCAGUAAUCUUGCUGCCUUCACAGCUGAGCUUGGUGGCAAGGCGCCGGUAAUCGUGACUCGGAACGCGAACAUCGAUGCCGCAGUCAACGGCGUCGCGUUUGGCUCUUUCAUAGCGAGUGGACAGACUUGCAUCGCCGCCACGAGGAUUAUCGUGGAGCAGAGCAUGCUUCCAGAGUUCCUUGACAAGCUGGUGACCAAAGUAAAAUCCAUCGAAAGCAGGAUCGGUUCGCCGACAAAUCCUAAGUCGAUGAUGGGCCCUCUCGUGUCAAAUGCGCAACUUGAGAAAGUCACAGAGUUGGUCGGUGCGGCUGCUCGAGAUGGUCUAUGUGUUCUCACUGGAGGCAAGCGGAUGUUAGGUAUGUCACCUCUGGAUUCCACCGACCUCACACAUGGCUACUUCUAUCCUCCUACUGUGGUGGCCCACGGACCCAAGGCAAUGGUGUUGGACUCGAGGCUGUGGAGGGAGGAGGCUUUCGGACCAGUAGUCGUUGUUGUUGGCUUCGACACUGAGCAAGAGGCCCUUGAGCUGGCUAAUAACAGCGACUUUGGACUCGGAGCUGCUGUAUGGACGCAAGACUUGUCCCAAGCUCAUCGUCUAUCUAGUGCCAUCGAAUCUGGCAUCGUCUGGGUAAACACUCAUCACCGCAAUGAUCCGAGUAGUCCGUGGGGCGGGAUCAAGAGCUCAGGUGUAGGGAGCGAGAAUGGCAUCGGUAACCUAUUGUGUACCACUACUGACAGGUGCGAGACUCAUGUUGUCACAGAUGCCUACCAUGCUUACACCACGAUCAAGAGCACUAUCAUCAACUAUGCUUCUGCUGAGCAGUCUUUAGCAACGGACGACUGGUUCGCCGAAGACCCGGAGUCAGUGCGCUAUGGUUAA